AUGGGUCGUGUCAUUCGCAACCAGAGGAAGUCGGGUGGUAUCUUCAAGGCCCACACCCACCACAACAAGAACCCUGCUCGCCACAGGAACCUCGACUUUGCUGAGAAGAACGGCUACGUUCGUGGUGUUGUCCGCGAGAUCAUCCACGACGCCGGCCGUGGUGCUCCCCUCGCCACCGUCGUCUUCCGCGACCCCUACCGCUACAAGCUCCGCAAGGAGACCUUCAUCGCUGCUGAGGGCCUCUCGACCGGCUCGUUCAUCUACGCCGGCAAGAAGGCCAACCUCUCCAUCGGCAACAUCCUCCCCGUUGGCCAGUGCCCCGAGGGUACCAUCAUCUUCAACGUUGAGGAGAAGAUUGGUGACCGCGGAGCCCUUGCCCGUACCUCGGGCAACUACGCCACCAUCAUCGGCCACUCGGACGACGGCAAGACCCGUGUCCGUCUCCCCUCGGGUGCCAAGAAGACCAUCUCGUCGCGCGCCCGUGCCUCGAUCGGUGUCGCCGCCGGUGGUGGCCGUGUCGACAAGCCCUUCCUCAAGGCCGGUCGCAAGUACCACGCCCAGCGCGCCAAGCGCAACUCGUGGCCUCGUACUCGUGGUGUUGCCAUGAACCCCGUCGACCACCCCCACGGUGGUGGUAACCACCAGCACAUUGGAAAAGCGGGUACAGUUCCGCGUGACGCGAGCUCCGGUGCUAAGAUCGGUCUCAUUGCCGCCCGCCGCACUGGUCGUAUCCGCGGCACUGCGGUCAUCAAGGACGCCUAA